AUCAACCAAAACGGCUUACAACGCCCCAUGGCGACGCCUUGUUGCGCCCGGUAGUGUCGAACGCAUUGGGGGAGAGACGAUACUUUAACAUCGAACGACGACCGUCACUACCACCCUUUUCAUAUUACGCAACAUCACUCUUCAUUCACGCUACCCGGACUCCUGUUCCUCAAAAGGGUGAAGCACGGCGACCAUGCUCGCGCGAUCUGCCCUUUGUGUGCGCUCAACUGGGUCUCGCAGAACGGGGCACACAUGCCAACGCUUCGCCGGGAUACUAACAGUUGUUUCUAAAGAAAAGUGUUUUCUAAAUAACGUCCAUUUACGGGGCCGCCGCUCGGCGUAUAUCGUCCCAGAUCCCCGCCAGGAGGGAGAGCCAGGCAGGCGUAGACCGGAAAACGAUUUCUAUGCAAAAAGUACACCGGAAGAAUUUGUGCCAUCGGGGGAGCAGCUGGCUAUCUUUGAUGAGGUUGCCAAGGGUAAAUGCGAGGUAGUUCUGAUAGACGCAAAAGCAGGCAGUGGAAAGACUACCACGCUUAUUGAAUCACUACCACACAUACCCAACGGCGUGCCCACAGUAGCCGUGUUUGCCUUUAAUCGAGCGAAUGUCAACAUCCUCCGGGAACGUGCUCAUGCAAUUCAAAGAAAAAAAGGAUUAUCUCGCUUUCAGACACGAGUCCAAACCUUCCACGCGUACGGAAAAGAUAUGUGGGUGAAAUAUCUUGGAGUGUUUCCGGGGGAAGUGCGCAUAGCAAAGCGCAAGCACUGGGAAAUCAUGCAGAGCUUCAUGUCCCGUGAUCAGAUUAUGACUUACGGGAACGAGGUCAAUGAACUGGUUAGCAAAGCCAAAUUGCAUUUAAUCGCCCCUGCACACCCGUCGAUUGUAGACGAAAAGGAUAUUCUGCCAGAUACUGACGCUGAAUGGAGGAAGCUCAUGGAAAUCUACGGUAUCCGUCCUGAUCCGAAAGGGACUGUAGAUGAGUUGGUAGCGUUAUCACGACGUUGCCUCGCCGAAUCGAUCAAGUGGGCGGGCGGACAUCAGAGACGAGGUGCACUGCCACAUAUACGCCUCAGUGCUGUCAUCGAUUCUCUUAGGAAGGCCUCGGCGAAUAUUGAGAGAAUGUUAAUGGAACAUAAAGAUAUUCCCCAGUAUCAGAUUGAGGAUCUUCGAUCGAAUAUGUUUGCGCUGCAAAAAAAGCAAUUCGUGAUCGAUUUUGAUGAUAUGUUGUAUUUGCCGAUCAUACAUGGAGCAAGAUUUACUCAGUUUCCUUAUGUGUUGAUAGAUGAGGCGCAGGACAUGUCCGCUGCUAGGGCCGCUUUGGUGGAACGGAUGCGUGAACCCGGAGGGCGUCUGAUUCUCUUUGGUGACCAUCGCCAGCAAAUCUACCAAUUCUCUGGCGCUAGGAGCGACAUGUUUUCAAAGCUUCGGAUGGAGGGUGAAGCAAAUAGGCUUGCACGGGCCCGCUGGCGAAAUAGAGGCGCUGGCAUAUCCACCAAUAGCUCCGAAGAAACCUCCCGACCACUUUACGCCACACCUCUGAACCAAAUCAAAGACGUUACAGUGUUUCCUCUCUCUGUCUGCCGCCGGUGUCCUACUUCAGUCAUUAAACUGGCCCAACGCAUAGUACCAGAGAUUCGCCCAUAUCAACAUGCGCCCGUCGGCAGAGUCAGCGAGCUUGGGAAAAAGUUUAGUAUUUCUGAUUUUCAAAAUCGGUCGGCUAUGGUGGUGUGCAGAACAGUCACUCCACUCAUCAACUUUGCCUAUUGGCUGAUGGCCAAUGGAGUUCGAGUCGAAGUGGCUCGGCGACACAUCGCACAGGAGCUCUUUGACCUGAUCGAACUGGGAAAGGUCAAGGAGAGUCCAUUUGAGUUUGACCGUCUUCCAGUCCGUGAGCUGGCUCGGAGAUUGAUAUCUAUGCGGCCAAAAGUUCUUCUUGAAGAUUUAGAAAAUCUGGCUGGGGGGCGGUUCGUGAUUGGAGAAAUGCCGGGAUUUGAUGAUCGGUUGGAUUCCUUGAUGACGGUUAUCAAGUACCGGAUGCGCCCGGAUCACAGCGUCGCCGAUUUAAAACGAGCUAUAACCAUAAUGGACUUGAUCCCUGCGGCCAUGCCUCGUGAUCCGCCCGUUCUUCUCUCUACAAUCCACCGAGCACGAGGACUGGAACGGGAUCACGUCUUCAUCUUGAAUGAAAUGGACCAUCGCCGGAAAUACGGCCUUUCCAAUAUGGGGAAGCAUCGGCCUCCCACUUUUCAGGAACAGCAGCGUGCCACCGUAGAGGACAAUUUGAUCUACAUCGCGUACACUCGGGCGAAAGAGACAUUGUCCUUUAUUGAGUGGGAGCCAAUUGGCCAAUUUGAACAGUUUGAAUAUUUGGCUGAGCGCAUCCGUUGCCGGAUGACGGGGCGAAAACUGGAGAAAAGAACACGACCGUACAAGGACAUAUUCAACUCCAGUGAAGAGCAUGAGAAGGUUUAUGAAAAUUUGUUUGGCAUGUUUGACGACAUGCGGUAUAAUCAGCAUGAGUAUGCUGAGCAGGCCAUUCGGUUUAUGGUCGAAGGUAUGCGCAUGGGGGUAUGAUAUUAUGUAUGUUUAUAGUUGGGGAUGAUAGUGUACAUAUUUGCUUUGCUUUAGAUAGUUUCUAGUGCCUAUUCAUUUUUGUUAUUGAGAUUGUGAGAUAGAUGUAUUUGGAUUAAAUCAUAUGGGCUCUCUGGCAUA